UUUCUAGGGCGCGAUACAUCAAAAAAACAAAUAUGGCGACUCGGUUCGAUCGGAGCUGGAAUUAGUGUCGGUGCAUGUUUGGCGAAAAUUAUCCAUUUUCCAAUCACGGCUCGCGGUGCCGCCAGUGUGCAAAGCGUAGAGGAAACGUCCCGCCACCCGGUGCGAGUGAAGUUCGGGUACGACUGUGUGGUACAGUGCGUGAAAUCGUGCGAAAAGAAAAUCGGUCCCAUCCCUGGAUCCGCGGGUGUAUGUAGAGUGUGUGUGUGUGUGACGGUCGGUCAAACCUCAGCCCCUUGAAGCGGGUGGUGUUGAAAGCAAAAGCAAGUGUAAGUAGAAGCAGAAUAAGAAGAAGCAGCAGAGAGGGAGUGAAAAGGAGCAAGAGAGAUUGCGGCGUGCGGUGUGUGAACUGGUGAAGAGCGGUCCAGUAAAGCGGGCAAAAGAGAGAAAGAAGAAUCCGCAGUACGUGUGACAGAGAGUCGCCGAAGCAGACGUGCGUAUGUGUGUGUGGUUUUGUGAUUUGCUAGAGUGAGAAAGGAGGAAAGCAGGGCUGGAACCGUGAGCUGGUUGUGCGGCGUGACAACGAAGCAUGCCGAUGCGUGGCUCAGUGGAUGCAUGUGUAGGUGUGUGAAUGCAACAGCACAAACAAGACGGGCGCCGCUAGUGUGUGAGUGUGUAUCCUUGGUGAACCAGUAGUGAACGCGUGCAAGUGGUGGUAGGCCCCCCCAAACAUUAAACUGGCCUGCUGGGGUUGUUGACCGUAACAGGCAAAACAGCGAAAGAGAGCAAAGGAACCACAUCAAUGCAUAGUGAGGAUGAUCUAAUUGCUCGAGCACACAACCACCAUCAGCAGCAGCAAACGACACAGCAGAUCACGACCAUCACGAAGGUCGUGCGGGAGGUGAAGCAGUUGGGACCGGAUGCUGGACAACCGUUCGACUAUGUAGCAAUGCCUCUAGACAUGGGAACCGACGGUCAACCGAUCGACUACGUGUCGAUGCCGAUGGGUAUGUACACGACCCGGACGCAGUACUUGAACUUCAACCACAUGGACCAGCCGGAGCAGAUGGUGGGUGGGGCCGGCGGUGGUCCACCUGUCCAGCAGUCGGCGCACCUGCCGCCGGGCGCCAAGGUGAUGGGCGGCGGCGGACCGGGUAUGCCCGGUGCGAUGGGAGGCGGCGGCGGUGGGCAAGGACACUAUCAGGACUACGAGCAUUACGCGCAGUACACGGACGCCGGGUACGAUCUCGGCCAGGCGGCACACCAUCCCGGCCACGCGCAGUCCUAUCUCGGCGAGUAUCAGAUGAACGAUCGCUCCAACACGCCGCACACGUCGAGCGAGAACAGCGAAUCGUCCAUCCCGAUGCCGAUGGGGGUGGCGCAGAUGAGCGGCGGCAACCCGUCGGCCGCCGCGUUGAUGGCGGGCCCGGGCGGCUACCUGCAGGGGCAGUACGACGAGAUGGGCGAGUACGUGAUUGCGCCCGGGCAGGGUGGCCCGGUCGAUCGGCUCUACCCGGACAACCCGUCCGCCAUGGUGUACGGGUACGUGUCGACCCCGCCGUACGGCACGAUCAGCUCGCACAUGGACCCGAACGGGGGCGUGGAGCCGACGUACGCCACCAAGCAGCAGCUGGCGUACGAAGCGGCCACCGCCCAGCAGCGAGCCGGAGGGGGCGUUGGCGGCGGCGGCGUAGUAGGAAACGUAGCGCCGGACGGGUCGUGCUACUACGACGGCGAGGACGAUCUGCACCAGCAGCUGUCGAACCUGCAGAUACAUAAUCACGUGUUUUUACAGCACAUCAUCACGUCGCCGGGCGGCAACAAUCGGCCGGGCGUGAGCGGGGCCGGCGGGCCCUCGAAUGGGGCCGGCGGCGGGGGCGGCGGCAUGCCGGACGGUAGCGGCGGCGGGAUGGAUCUGGACGAGCAGCGGCAGAUGAAGUGGCGCGACCCGAACCUGACCGAGGUAAUCGGCUUCCUGAGCCACCCGAACAACGCGAUCAAGGCGAACGCGGCCGCCUACCUGCAGCACCUGUGCUACAUGGACGACCCGAACAAGCAGCGGACGCGCACGCUCGGCGGCAUCCCGCCGCUGGUGAAGCUGCUCGGGCACGAGAACACGGACGUGUUUCGGAAUGCGUGCGGCGCCCUGCGCAACCUGUCUUACGGGCGGCAGAACGACGAGAACAAACGUGCAAUUAACGCGGCGGGCGGCAUCCAGGCGCUGAUCCACCUGCUGCGCCGGACGGCCGAGUCCGACAUCAAGGAGCUGGUGACGGGCAUCAUCUGGAACAUGUCGUCCUGCGAGGACCUGAAGCGGUUCAUCAUCGACGACGCGGUGCUGGUGAUCGUGUCGUACAUCAUCAUCCCGCACUCGGGCUGGGACCCGACCAACCCGGGCGAAACCUGCUGGAGCACAGUGUUCCGCAACGCGUCCGGCAUCCUGCGCAACGUCAGCUCGGCGGGCGAGUACGCGCGGAAGAAGCUGCGCGAGUGCGAGGGGCUGGUCGAUUCGCUGCUGUACGUGAUCCGGAUAGCGAUCGAGAAAUCGAACAUCGGCAACAAGAUCGUGGAGAACUGCGUGUGCAUACUGCGCAACCUGUCGUACCGCUGCCAGGAGGUGGAGGACCCGAACUACGACAAGAACCCGAUCCCGCACCACGGCUCUGAUGGGGGCAUGAGCGGUGGCAGCGGUUCGCACGGCGGUGGCUCGAUCGUGGUGAGUGCGGCCGCUGCGUCGUCCAAGGGCGAAAAUCUGGGCUGCUUCGGGGCGAGCAAAAAGAAGAAGGAACAGCAGGCAGCGGCAGCGGCCGCGCAGCAGCAGGCGGCCGCCGACAAGGACCACUCCAACGCGAACGGCGACCCGUCGAGGAUGGCGUACAAAAACACUGCUCACUAUAAAGGAGCGGAACAGCUGUGGCAACCGGACGUUGUACAUUCUUAUCUUGCCUUACUGCAGAGCUGUUCGAACCCGGAGACGCUCGAGGCGGCGGCCGGUGCGCUGCAGAAUCUGGCCGCCUGCUACUGGCAGCCGAGCAUAGAGAUCCGGGCGACCGUGCGCAAGGAGAAGGGUUUGCCGAUCCUGGUCGAGCUGCUGCGCAUGGAGGUGGACCGGGUGGUGUGCGCGGUAGCGACGGCCCUGCGCAAUCUAGCUAUCGACCAAAGAAACAAGGAGCUGAUCGGAAAGUACGCGAUGCGCGACCUGGUGCAGAAGCUACCGUCGGGCAAUCCGCAGUGCGACCAGGGCACCUCGGACGACACGAUAGCGGCGGUGCUGGCCACGCUGAACGAGGUGAUCAAGAAGAAUGCCGAGUUCGCGCGGUCGCUGCUGGAUGCGGGCGGCGUCGAGCGGCUGAUGAACAUGUCGCGGCAAAAGUCCAAGUACACGCCGCGCGUGCUCAAGUUCGCCAGCCAGCUGCUGUUUACCAUGUGGCAGCAUCAGGAUUUGCGCGACGUGUACAAGAAGCACGGCUGGAAGGAGCAGGACUUUGUGACGAAGACGAUCGCGUCGCGCAACCUGAACAGCAGCAAUGGCGGGGCGGGCGGCAGCUACAGCGACAACUCGCCCAACUCGCCGAACAACACGCUCAACCGUCCGAUGGCGUCGCAGAGCGGCACGCGGUACGAGGACCGCACGAUGAAGCGGCAGCAGGCGUCCUCGUCGGCGAACAACGGUGGCCAGGCCAUGUCGUUACCACCGGGCGACGGUACCAUCAAGAUGGGAAGAUGAACAAACAUGCCAGCUGCCAGCGAAUACCGAUAGCUCUCCACUGGUGAGGAGAUCGCAAUUUUAGAGAAAACCGGGGGCAACUCUGUCUGUUUGAAUGGAGGAUAUAUUAAUGCUUAGACCGACGAUCCCCCCCCCGCCACAACAUACACACGGGUGACGACGGCUGGUACAUGAUGCCACCGGAUGGAGUUCGUAGCUGCUGUUGCUCUGCUGCUGCGGCAGCAACCUCUGAAACGAUCUUUUUACGCGUAGAAAGCUACCACAUAUAACGUCAGCACAGCGCCACAAGCGCCAUCUUUGGUGCAGCAAACAGGAGAGAGAGGAAACACAAUGUGCAGCAGUGAUGGACACGACGCCCCGUUGCAAGCUUGGCGCAUAGGAUAUGAUUUUCGAUUAUUGCACUAGCUUCCAAACACUCUCUUUCUAUCUCACUCUCUCUCAACUCUCUAUCUCUCUCUUUCUCUCGACAUACACUUAUACUGACAACAUCCUAAGCCACCUACAGACAUACAACACACGACGCUCCAAUAUUUCUUCAUUAUUACCCACAAAGUAUAGGCUGACAGCCACGCGUCACACCACCUAGUAGUAGUAGUAGUAGCAGUAGUAGCAGCAGUAGUAGUAAUAAUAAUAGUAGGGUAGCUAGAGAGUCAGCUGACUAAGGCCGAUAUAAUAGUGUGUACAGCAAAAGCGGUUCAUCCAAUCAGUAGUCCCCCUCUUCCUCAAUUGGUUUCUCGAUGAAAACAUUCGUUUUUGCGCGUGGUGAAGGCAUGGAACAGGUUGUCAUGGAAUUGUUCGGGAGAAAAAUAGUAACUUACUAAGGAGGAGGUCUGUGUGCGACCGGAUGCUUGUUGUACACAACACUAAGGAUCCCGCUCUGUCGCCUUGUCACUAUUUUUACGGUGCUCGUUAGGUUUGCCCUUGCAUUUAUUUUCAAUUUAAAUUGAAUUUAAAUGGUUGCAUUUUUACUGUUACUACAAAUGCUACUACUUCACCCCACCCUUCCAAAAGCGCACACACACACUGAGUUCUAAUAAGCUAAGCGUUUACUUGUCGAACUUCAAUUAGAAUUUGGCUAUUCGGUCGAAUUAGAAUUCGGCUAUUCGGUUGAUGGCUAAUAGGAAUGCAAAUGUGCAGAAUAUAAAGCUCUAUAUUCGAUGGACUAUUUAAACAAAUCACAACACUGGUUUCCUUAGCCGAGCAUCACCUCCGCCAUCAUCAUCUACGCUCUUUUCUAUGCACUGAUGUUAUUUAAAAGAUCUUCGUUUUGGUGGUUCCAUGGCUAGAGCGUCACUCUCUUUUGCGGUGAAGGAGAAAGGCACUGUUAUUCAAAUCAUCUUUCCAGUCUCUGUUGUUUUUGGUGUAAGACAGCAUGUUCGGGAAACGAUUUUGGCACUGGAAUUGCUAGUGUUUUCCUUCCGAUGUGCGAUCGGUUCAAUCAAGCCCACAAUGUCAUUCACUCAGACUAAUCUAAACUAUCUAUCAGUCUCUAUCAUACUCUACGUUCUCUUACAUCGAUUGUCUUUAGCUCCCGUGUCUGUGUGUUGCCACGGCCAUAUCAGAAUCAGACGGGCAAAGGCAACGGUGAAGAAAAAGGGAUAAAAACAAGUCUUCUAUUGGACGCCACAAUCUAACUGCGAUUAUUAAACGUACUCACAACUAAAACCCACAGACAUCAUAGUGCUGGUAAUCUCAUAAUAACUUCAUACACCAUAAUUACCCCCCUCCGCCCGCAAACAUCUAAUGAGAGAAGAGUGAAUGAAAGAUACGCCGCAAAAAGGGAAGAGAAUGGGAAUUAGGACGGUACAAGAAACAAACUAAAAUUAAAGCGAGUUGUGCGAGUGGGUGUGAGUGCGUGUAUCUGAUGAACUGAACAGAAAGAGGGUAUCAUUACUCAACCUCCUCCGCCAACCAACCUACGUUUAAAGCAAAACAUUCCUCAGCAACAACAACAAAAAAAGGCGCAAAAACGUACAACAUUGUAUAAUCUCGAUUUCUUACCCGGGAUCUCUGCAUAAUUAGUAAGGCACGCUCUCACUGUAAUUAAGGAUGGCGUCGUAGUCGAUGGCUGCAGGGAAAAGGAUCUUUGGAGAAAGACAGACACACACACACACAAAACAAAAAUUAGUCAAGCAUCGAAUCGCACGAAUCGCAUCCACCUCUACCCGGCACCUAUACUGGAACAUACGAAAUAAUCAUUCACGCCAUUUAAACAUUCAGCGUACCAUCUCUUAGCGCACCAACAAAACGAUCAAUGUAAACUAUCACACACACACGCGCGCACGCGCACACACACAGAGACACGCAUAAUAACGAAGGCUCAUUUAUCAUUACUGCUGGCGCAUACAAGAAGAUAAGGGGAUUGAAUCUUUCCAUUUUGCGCGAUCGCGGUGAAGCUGAGAGAAUUGGGUGUGCGGGCACUUCGUCACCACCACAGAUCGUCAAAUCAUAGAAAAAUCAGCUGAGGUAGAAAGAGAGAGAGAGAGAAAGAGAAAGAGCAUAAGAAAUUUAGACCAUUCCUUUUGUACUCUGGUGUAGUAUGUGUGUGUGUGCAUGUGUGUACAGUCUCCUAACCCAUCUCCCAUCCCCAUCCUAUUGGAAUGGAAAGGAACUGGAAGGAAGUUUACAGUUCUAGGUGUAGAUCCUGUUGGAUUACACUCCACGCGGGACAAACAGAAGCAAAACAAAACAACAUAUGUAUGGCACUCCGAUAUAUAUAUAUACAAGGCACGAAACGUAGAGCAUCUACUACAAAUCUCCAUUUUACUUCCUCGCUCGAAACUAGUACGAAAAUUGAAAACAAACAAAAAAACGAACAAGAAACAAGGGGCAGCAUGAGGGUGGAUGGUUGAAGACAUAGAAACAACACUAUACCUAGCUCAAAUAUAAUAUAAAUAUAGGCAUACAUAAUAGCGACAGGCAAAAGUAAUGGAAUAUUUGGAACAUGUACUAAAUACUAUCAUGUAAAACACGGCGGCGCGGACGGGGACGGAUAAGCAAACAAAAAUAGGAUAAAUCUAGUAGCUCACUAUACAAAAAAUUCAUCCCACGGGGAAAGACAGAGCCAGCCAGCCAGCAAGACAGACGGACAACAGUCAAAGGGGUGGCGUUUAUACAGCAAAUAACACCGUUACAAAACGUUACACGCGUAAUGAUAACAUAGAUUCACAGACACACUCACACAACAAACAAUUGUGUAGCUUUCGGUUGGUGCUUUUUUCGUUUGGUGAUUGGUUUAUUGUUUUUCUUUAAUUUAAACCAUUAAAAUCAUGCCUCGUGCGCUCUCAUUAAAAAUGCUCUCACCGAACAUGGCACAAGGGGAGAGCAAACACAUUGUGAGGAGGGUGAGUAGUAGCGAUGAGGGGUAGAGGAGUAGUAGGAAGAUUAGAUCAAGUAAGCAAAAAACAAAAACAAAAACAAAAAGAACAGAAAAGACAUGAUGCAAAUGGAAAUGAAAUUUCUUCGAACGAUUUCUCUUCGCUCCUUCAAUUCAAAACGAAUCUGAAUGUAGAAUAUAUAAUGAUAAAAAACACACAUAAUUAACACACACACACACAAAAGAAGAAACUCCUCAUAAAAAACGAAUUGUCGAAAGGAUAGGCGAAUGAAAAAUGAAGCAAAAAACUCCAAUACAUAACAUGGGUAACAGGAAACGGAAGGAAUCUUAAGCUCGUCUCGUGCGCAUAUGUGAAACCACAAUACCCACAAUGCUGUGAAAACUAAUAUUGACUAGAGCAGGCGCAUAACGCUGCUGCUGAGAAUUAAAUACAACUGCACGCACCCAACAUACAGACAUACAGAGUGACCGGAGGAAAAAAAAAGCGGCAAAAAGAAAGGUCCGUCGGUGGGGUAGAACAAAUGUUAGAUUAGGAGUAAUUAUUAUACAAAUACCCAGGCAGCGCAGCAACCGGACUUAAACGGUUACGACGAAACUCUUGCGCUCAAAUCCCACGUGUGUUUGUGUGUGGUACACGUGGUGGACCACGUGGUGUGCAAAAUGCAAACCCCGUAUCUGCCCAGCACGGUCGUAGUAGGCAGGGCAGCAGCACAUCCCUACCCUUCCCUGCUGGAAGUAUGACUUUUGGAGUGCAAGACAGGCUAGAGGAGGAGGGGUGGGGGGGGGGGGUUCGGACGGAGUAACAUACCUUAAAGAUUACACGAUUUUACGGUCAAUUUUAUCAUAUAAAAAAUAUACACGGGAGAACAAAAACAAAAAAACAAAACGCAGCUACAAAACUACACACCCGCCACUAACACUAGCGCGCCGCGCUCUUGUUGGUUUUUGGGAGGGGAGAAAGGAAGUUCGCUUCCACCAGCCGCGUGCGUGCGUGCGUGCGUGGCCGUUCUGAACGGGUGUGAAUAAUCGAACGUUUGUGGUGGUGGUGGAACCAUUGAUAUGCCAUACAGGAGGAAGUGUUAACGGAAAUGAAACCAUACGUGUGCGGCGGCAUUUAUCUAGAAGAGUAUCCGCCGGAUGUGUACGAUCUGACAUUUACUAGGGAGCUUCAGUUUUCAUUUACCGUGUUUCGCAAUAUUCAUAAAAUCACAAUCUCCCCCACCAUGUUUUCUUCUUUACGUUUCAAAUCAUAUCUCGUAACAUCUUGCACACACACACACACCCACACAAAUCGUGCGGUUUUGCGGUUGUUUUGGAAAAGUUUCACUGGUUGAUGCGCAAGAAGCGGCGCACCCUGUGUGUAUGCGCAAUCGGGGGUGCAAGGGUAAGCGCGCAUGUAGCGCGCACGCGGGUAUGGCGUAUAGUAAGAGUAGGCGCAGACGAGAGAAACACGCGGGUUGCAAGGAAUAUUACACUAAACCGCUCGAGAGCAGAGGAAAGUGGCUAAAAGUAUUGAGAGCGGAAGUAGCAGGAACUGUUAAAAAGACAGCCCCGUAAGAGGCGUGCAUGUGUUUGUGGAAAAGAUUGUGCAGGGCUUAUACCCUACUAAUUAGUAAGCUAAUCUGGGAUGUAAAAUGAUGCACCUCGGCCACAGACACACAUUAAUUCAGGGUACAUGGGUAGGGUAGGGGGUGCGGAUGGAAAUAGCAUUGAACGGAACCGAACGCAACCCACGGUGGUGUAGUAGCUGAAUUAUUGCAAUUCCAUCUAAAUACUUAAUGAUUAUCUCAAUCGUUCAACGGUGAUGUGUGUUGUGUGGUGCGGAGAAGGAUUGCGAAGAAGGGGUUCAUCGUCAUGAAGGAGCAGCUUUGGUUUUGUACUACUGAUUUGAACACUAUUUUACACUAGUUUCUUCCGUUUAGUAAGCUAGAGAGCUUAGCAGAGUAACGAAUGAUGAUGCAUACACACGUGUACCGGUAAUUGUGAAAUUGUUUAUUUUAUUUUAUUGCGCUGUAUUUUCUGAUUUAGAUAAUAUAAUAUAUAUAAUAUACACACACAAUUAUACAUAUAAUUUAAUGCGAUAUUUCGUUGAGUUUAAAGGUGGACUCGGUUGGAAAUUAGCUGGAAGGAUAUUAAAAAAAUGUGGGGGUAAAGAAAAAGCAUGGAGCCUCUCCCCUCAUCAUCAUCAUUCAGCCCAAAUCCCGUGAGCCUAUGGGUGGCAAUGGUCGACAGCGGAGGUUGAUGUGUUGUGUUAGGCGGGAAGACAUUCGAAUUAAGACGAGGGAAAAGAAGGGGUAUAACCAUACAUUAUGUCCGUUUUUGCGCUAGGCUGAAAAAGAGAGAACGAGCGAGAGAGAAGUAAAACACACCUCCUGCUGCAGUAAAAUUGCAAGUAAAAGCAACAGCAACAACAACAACAACAACAACAACAACAAACAAGGUAUAUUUUAAACCAUGAGUAAGCAUAAAAAGGAAAAUGAGUUUUUUUUUGAAAAUGCAAUAAAAAUAAAUUAUUGAUAUUCAAAUAAAA